AUGCCCUCAACUCUCUCCACCGACCUCCUAACACCCCACCCCAACCCCAACCCCUACACCCCCGACUACCGCCCCCUCCUCCUCCUAACCUCCUCCUCCCUCACCUUCAUCCUCGCCCUCCUCUCCGCCCGCCGCGGCUCCCGAAAACUCAAUAAACCGUUCCCAUUCUAUAGUCAGAACAUGGUGUUUGCGGAUGAUGGGUUCUCGGCACAUGGUACUGCGGCCAAAGCGUUUGGGAUCGCGAGUUUGUUGAGUUUGGGUGGGUUUGGAGUUUUGGUUGGGUGUGUUUGGAGUGGGUCGAGAGCGAGAAGCUUGGAGGAGUUCGCAAAUAUCACGAGACACAAACUACGGGAGAAGGGGUUGGCGUUACCUGAGGUUGAGGAACAGGAGGUCGAAGUUGAUUUUGGGAGUAUGUGGACGCAGUUGUGGAAGGAGAUUCGGGAGGGGAAUACCAAGGAGGAGAAUGAGUUGAUGGAUAAAGAGGAGGCGGAGAAGGCGAGUGUGAGUGCGUGAAGAUGGUGUAGAGUUGGGCUGUUUGACAUCUGCUUCCUGGCAGUGUGGAGGAGUGCGAGGGUGACACAAGGCAUCACGCACGGCUUGGACUAUGUUUACUAGAGAACCGUAGUCCGACCAGGACUUCGCCGAUUGAUCAAGGUCGAUUGUUUGAAAGACGGGGCUUCAAGGAUGAGGUGUCAGGAAGGAACGGACAGUUGGCAUUCGCAAGGCGUUCAUGGACAUUAGCAUAAUACCCGUUGGUUAUUCUCUUUACAUUUGUACGAUACGCAAAGUGCUUCCAAUCGCCC